GUGGAGCGCUUCAACUGUAUCCACAGGGGGGGGCAGUGACCAAUCAGAGUAUCAGAAUCAAUGACGUGUUUCCGAAGCGUCGAUUUGCCGACGUGUGUGCAGACGGGGAGAAGGGAAAAACAACUUUUUAUCGGAGUUGUUUCGAGAUGGCUAUGCAUUUUCAUGGAAUAAGGCUAGUAAGCAUAUAAUUUCUCAAUUGAAUACAGACGGUUGACGUAAACAACCCUCAUCGAAUAUUCAAAACUGGAUUACAAUAAUGAGAUGCAUCCACCAAUCCAAAGAAAGGAUAUGCGGGAGUUAGGCAGCCCGGCGUGUCGCUUUGUGGACAACGACUCUCAUUAUUAGAGCGGAGAGACAUGUAACCUGUCAGUAUAGCCAUAAUCUUUGAUAAAAGUCCAUUAACAAAGAAGUAGACCAGACCCAGCUGCUAUUGCAUUGGUGUCUAUAGGAGACACAUCUAGUAGACUGGAACUUAUCUUUUUUUUUUUUUUUGCAAAACGGCGAGUGAACCAUCUUCAUUUAUCCACCAUCUUUGGUGUGUUCAGAAGGAUGCAGAGUAUGUAAACAAACAACAAUGACAGCCGUAGGCCUGGUUCUUUGCAGCCAGACGUUAGUUCUGCAUAGUUAUCAAGGUAUAUCAGACCCAUAUCCAUCAGUACAGAACACCUGUCGGCUCUGCGGACAAAAUCUGCUCAUCAAAGGGACAUUACAGGCAACACGAAGAAUAUUUGACAAGCCCAAAGCCUCGAAGGACAAAAAGUUAUGUGACAGAUUCCUUGCCACCGGUUUAGUGCUAACUGAGGCACCAGGGGUGAAGUCGGGCAGAAUUUGUGCGAAGUGCUAUCGAGUAUUUCUCAGGAUAGAGGAAUCUGUAAGCAUUUUAAAGAAAUGGCAGUCAGAGCAUCAGACACCGGGGACGAGCAAGAAGAGGAGGCGUGAACUGGAGCCGAGUCCAUCUGAAACAGACAGGGCUGCCAAGAAGACAUCUGAACGGGAGCCGAGUCCAUCUGAAACAGACAAGGGAGCCAAGAAGACAUGUCCUCCCUAUAAAAAGGUUCCCCCGAGGAGCAGUCUUGUCGAGGUUGUCAUAACAUACCCGAACCAAUUGGAUCCAAAGAGGGUCAAGAAGGUUUCAUCAGAAUUUUCUGGAAUGGUUGAAAACCUGGCGAAAGGCAAACUGGCGACAUUUGUCAGGUUAGCCUUGACGAAUGAGACCAUGUGUCAAGAAAUCAGAAAGCAGAUGACGCAGAAAAUAGAAGCAGAGGUCAAGGCAUAUGCAAGACCCUUAAAUUACUUGACCUCUGCUGAACCUUGCAUUUUGAGUAGUACCUCGUUGGAGAAAAUGAAGUAUUUUUCAUACGAAGCGUUGGAUAAUGAGUUGUCCAGGAAGACACCAUGGCUUUAUACCACCAUCAAUACUGCAACAGGUGGUUCCACCAUCCAUAACUGUGUGGCUGCCUCUGUGGUCCUGAGAGGUAGAAACCCCAGGCUUUCUGCACUGGCCUAUGUCAUCAACACAACACUGACCCAAGGGGGGGUUAAGCCCAUUUUCAAAAGACUCUCUAAAAUGGGCAUAACAACCACACAUAGCAAUGUCCUAAAUAAGCAGAAAGAGAUGAAGGCAGCUGGGUACAACAUCAACAUCAAAUGCUGGAGGGAGGACUGUGAGCUGUUUUUCCAACAUAGUGUCAGCGGUGAAGUCUGCCCACGACCUCCUCCUACGGCUAAACCGACAGAGGAGACCGGAAGAGAGGAGGACGGGGGGCCAGUGGAGGAUGAGUUUGAAAUAGAGCUGGACUGGGGUCCACUGGAGGAAGAGGGUGAAGAAGAUGAGGAAGAGUGGAGUCCACUGUCAGAAGAGACAGAAAGAGAGGAGGAUAGAGGAUCAACAGUACAGGAAGAGAGAGAAGAAGAGAAAGACAGGGGUUCCCUGCUAGGAGAGACAGAAACAGAGGAAGCGGGACAUGCAUCAUCAGCACUACAAGGAAAUGACACACAGGAAGAGGACUCUGAUUCAACGGUGGAUUCAGAGACGGAAUACUUUGGAUUAAACCUCACCUGUGAGAGUGAUUAGAGAAGUAGCCUAACAAAGAGUCUGUAGAUUACAGAUCUAGGCCUAGGCUACAUCUCUGAACAACAAGGAACUAAUCAUAGUCUCUGGCCAAAAUGGCACCCUAUUCCCCUAUAUAGUGCACUACUUUUGACCAGACCCUAUGGAGUAACAAGUGCACUACUUUUCACCUGGGCCAUUUGGGACAGAAUCAUACAGUGAAAUUACUCCUGUUGAGGGGGUCAGGAUGUGAUGUCUACUGUUCCUGGUGUGUAUUGAGGGGGUCAGGAUGUGAGGUCUACUGUUCCUGGUGUGUAUUGAGGGGGUCCGGAUGUCAGGUCUACUGUUCCUGGUGUGUGUACAGUGUGUUUACAACCAUAUUAAAGAGACCAGUUCAAUUCAAA